AUGUCCUGGGAGGGUGGUGAAAGUUAUGAAAAAUGUUUGAUAUGCAAUAUAACAAAACGAAUGACAGUAUGGAAUGAAACUCUUGCAAAUGAAAAUUGCUUACCAAUUUCAAAUCUUCAUUGUAUACAGAUAUAUUUUAAUACUACUAAGUCAUAUAAAAACUUCGUUUCGCAAUACAUUCGGAUCAUAAAUGGUCUAUUCGAUAAAGAAAAUUUAACAGAUCGAUUAACACAAAAUAUGCUUUUUAUUCAUAUUCAAUAUGGUGGAAUUAAGGAAUUCAGUUUUAGUACAGUUCAAGUAGUUCAUGAUGUAAUAAAUCGUAGUUACUCUCGUUUACAAUUUGCCUUACUAAAUCGCAAAGAUAAUGUUUCACUCGAAUUAAAUCCUGAUAUACAAAAUAUGACAUUAUUAUCUUUACAAAUAAAUAUCUUUUGUGUUUCUAAAGGAUUAUAUCAAUAUAACUAUGUAUUUCAUCAAUACAAUCGAGAACCAUUACGAGAAUCACUCAAAUGUGAAAUUCCAGUAACUUUCUCUCCUAUUAUUCCUACCACAGCUCUAACAACAAAUGUUAUUACAGAAACAACUACUAAAGUAUUAACAACGACUCUUGUGUCUAGAACUUCUACAAAGAAAUCUGAAGAAAAUAUUAUACUUAUUGUUAGUUUAGUUAGUGGUGGUAGUUUAUUGCCAUGUUUAUUACUUACUUUUUGUAUAUAUAUGUUAUGUAAAAGAAGUAAUCAACAAAUUGAUAUAGAUCGCAAACGAAGAGGAAGUAUAUUAUCUAAUGAAAAUAAUUCAAUAUCAAGUGAUAGUAGUAGUAUAUUUUAG